CACGCGCAUUCCUUUGGACUAAACCAACAAGUUUAUUUUCCUGAUUAAAAGAAGAGUCUCAGCAGGCGUAGUUAGAGAGGACCUCCCCUGUGGUGCACAGAGAGCACCAUGUGGACGCCCAACACAUAGGAGGCUGCUGACAGUGACCACAAUGGGAACACAGCGAAGGUACAGUCUCGUGUUGCCAGGUGAGGGAGGGAUAAAGAUGUCGACUCUGGGUCUUCACAACGGCCUGGGCACCCCGAGCCGAAACCUGCUCUCGCCUGGGGGGUCUGACAUCUUUGGAGACAGAGGAGGCGGUGAGAGCAGACAGGGUAGGGCAUCCAGCCCUUAUAACGGCAAGAUCAUGACCGGCGGGUCCAACCAACUGAGGAACCGCUUCGUGAAGAAGAACGGCCAGUGCAACGUGAUGUACGCAAACAUGGAGGACGCGCCCAGGCGCUACCUGGCCGACAUCUUCACCACCUGCGUAGACAUCCGCUGGAGAUACCUGAUGUCCAUCUUCUGCGCCACCUUCCUCAUAUCGUGGUUCCUUUUCGGAAUAAUCUUCUACCUGGUGUCAUGGUCCCAUGGAGACUUUGACGAGGACCAUCACCAAGGGAUGGGCGUGGGCUUUGGUCCAGCGGUGGGGCCUGGUCAUGGUGCUGGGGCUGGGGCUGGCCACCCAGGGGCGAUGGGGCGCGGGACAGGGGCGUGGAAGCCAUGCCUUCUCCACGUGGAGGGCUUUGUCGGCGCCCUCCUCUUCUCCAUGGAAACGCAGACGACGAUCGGGUAUGGCUGGCGCUGUGUGACGGAGGAGUGCCCGGUGUCCAUCGUUACCGUGGUGAUCCAGUCCAUCGUGGGCUGCAUCAUUGACUCCUUCAUGAUCGGCACCAUCAUGGCCAAGAUGGCGCGGCCCAAGAAGCGAAACCAGACGCUCAUGUUCUCCAACAAUGCCGUCGUCGCCCAGCGCGACGGCAAGCUGUGCCUGAUGUGGCGCGUGGGCAACCUGCGGCGAAGCCAACUCGUGGAGGCGCACGUGCGCGCCCAGCUCAUCCGACCGUACAUCACCGCCGAGGGCGAGUACAUCCCUCUGGAGCAGACGGACCUCAACGUGGGCUACGACACGGGCAUCGACCGCCUCUUCCUAGUCUCGCCCCUGGUGAUCAUCCACGAGAUCGACGAGGACAGCCCGCUGUACGGCAUGAGCCGCGCCGACGUGGAGUCGGAUGACUUCGAGAUCGUGGUGAUCCUGGAGGGCAUGGUGGAGGCCACGGCCAUGACCACGCAGUGCCGCAGCUCCUACAAGUCCCGCGAGAUCCGCUGGGGCCACCGCUUCGAGCCCGUCAUCUUCGAGGACGGGGACAGCUACCGCGUGGACUACGGCCGCUUCCACAACACCUACGAGAUACCAUCCACGCCGCACUGCAGCGCCAAGGAGCUCUGCGAGAAGGCGGAGAAGCGCUCAGGUUCCGGUUCCGGUUCCGGGGCCUCGUCGAGUUCCACUUCCCCCGUGCCUCACGUGACCCACGUGCCCCACGUGCCCCAAUCGGCUCCCCCGAACCUGCUGCUGCCACACUGCCCCAGCGUGUUCUGCUACGAGAACGAGGUGGCGCUCGGAGCUGAGGACGAGGACGAGGAGGUCAAUCAGCUGAUGAGAGACACGGUCGCUGCGGACUCCGGGCCCCGGACUCCCGACAGGACUUCCUUACACGCCUCCACGGAGUUCCGCCCCAGGAUGUUCCACGAGUCCCUCACCAAGACGCCCAGCAGCAACACGCUGUGUGUCUUAGACAUGGACAACCAGAUGGAGUUUGAGGCCAUUCCUCUUGACCCUGUGACAUACAAAAAUGAACCGGAAAUGUAA